UUAAUUUUUUACAUGUUCAUAUUUUUAGUUUUUUUUUUUUAUGAUGUAUUCGUUGAAAAAAAAAGAAAAUUUUCAAGUGUCUACUAACUUCAGGAUCAUUACUUUGAUACCGGCUACAUGAUCUGAUUGUCCUGGGGGAUCAAUGAAGCCCCAGAGUCUGAAUCUCGAAAGCCCGCCGUCUGGGCUGAUGGUUAUCCGAAUGUGGCUCACGGGACCGGGCCAUGUUAUGUCGUUUGAAGAAUAAACGUGUGCUCGAUUCGGGGACAGCUGAAAUUUAAAUGAAAUUUUUUGUCAGCAAGAUUUUAUAUCAAGUGUUCAUGAACCAGUGUAACAACGUGGAAUGUUUAGGUUAAAAUUUACAGGCAACAUCACAGCUGUCAUGUCAUGUGACAUCUCCAUUGCACGAUUUCAAAGUCACGUGGUUUGAAAUAAAUAAAUGUUAUUGAGAAGACAUUCCCAGUAUAAUAAAACAAAAACAAAACUCGAGACUCAGACAAGACACAGGAGGGCACGUAGGAAAAUAAAACAAAUAUAAUAACUUUGGUUUGUAUAAUAAGAAAAGGGUGGUUGUGAAUAAGAGAACGAGAACCAGAUCCAGAACCAGACCCAGACAAACUCUAACUCAGUUUCAGAAUCAACAUCGCGCAAUAUUAAACUUUACCGCAAUUGCUCUUUAGCUUAAAGUAUUUUUAUUUUUUCUCCUUUAAAUAUUAUUUCAUUUUUCAUACUCUUUUACCAUAACAUUUAGUGUCUUUGCAUCACCAAUGAAUCCAGUUCACCAGUUCAGUUAGAAAUUUAAUUUCACCUAGAUCUCAAGACAAGGAUAUUUAAAUACAAGUACAUCCAAGCGUUUACAAAAUGCUCUUAACAUUUAAAAUCUUUGACACGAUAAAUGUCGUCUUGAUAUUUAUUGUCACCACUUAUUUGCAACUUUUAUGUCACUCGGAACUUAAUCAGCCGGGAUUAAAAAAUCUAACGGAUAACCCGGAAAAAAAUACGUCGCAAAGUUUACUGAGAUCAAGUGAAUUUAAAAAAAUAUAUAAACAUCAAAUGCAGAGUAUUAAAGUCAGAAAAAGAUUAAACGGGGGUAAUUAUAGAAAUUGGAGUAAAUGGUCGCCUUGUACUAAAUCAUGUACGACGCAGCGUCAAAGAUGGUGUAAAGAACCAGGUACUUGUGAUCGUGACGUUAUAAGAGAAACUGCUUACUGUUAUGUAAAAGGAAGCUUCUGUCAGAAGUGGAUCUACCGAAAAGUCCGUAAAGGACAAAAAAAAUAUCCAGACUCUGGUGCAGUUACUAAUGAUCUAUUAGAUGAGCUGCAAUCAAGCUCGGGUACAAUAAAUAAUUAUAAUUACAAUUAUAAUAACUUUAAUGAUGAUAACAAUAAUUGGAGAUGCGGGGUCACUGAUCAAGAGAAAUACAAAUUAUCGUAUUUAUUGAGGAUAAUUGGUGGACAUCCGGCAGUGGCUGGCAACUGGCCUUGGCAAGUUGCUAUCCUUAAUCGAUAUCGGGAGGCAUUCUGCGGCGGGACUUUGGUAUCUCCAAAGUGGGUACUUACGGCAGCGCACUGCAUUCGGAAGCACAUUUACGUUCGCAUUGGCGAGCACGAUCUAACGGUAAAAGAAGGAACGGAGCUUGAGUUUAUAAUAGACUCAUCCUUAUCGGUGAAAAUUCACCCAGACUACGACACUGAUACGGUUGACAAUGACGUAGCACUUAUUAGUUUGCCUUACUCAUUAAAUCCAUCAGCCUCGCGCGGCAUCGCUUGUUUGCCUUCUCCUAAUCAGCCGCUUCCUGUUAAUCAACUCUGCACAAUUAUCGGCUGGGGAAAAUCUAAAACAACAGACAACUUCGGCACUGAAGUUCUGCACGAAGCUCGUAUACCCAUUGUCUCGUCCGAAGCCUGCAGAAACAUGUACGAGGACUAUAAAAUAACCAAUAAUAUGUUUUGCGCGGGAUAUCAUCGCGGUAGAAUGGAUUCCUGUGCGGGUGACAGCGGGGGCCCGCUUCUCUGCAGAGACCUCAGUAGGCCUAAUCAUCCUUGGACGAUUUUCGGCAUCACGAGUUUCGGUGAAGGCUGCGGCAAACGCGGUAAAUUUGGUAUUUAUGCCAAAUUGACAAACUACAUCAACUGGAUUGCUACUGUUAUGAAGGAUUCUUAAUAAAUAUA